CUGAACCACCGGAUGUUUUGUGUUAGCUCUACGGGCCGCCAUGGAUAAAUGCAGGUUCGUCACAAUGGUGCAUCUUACGGAAAGUUUGGAUUUGUUAAAGUGAACUUCACGAGGAAGUAUGUGUCCAGACCAUGCCCUAGGAUGUGAUAGCGGUUUUGGUCACUAUUUAGCUAAACGACUAGAUUCAAGAGGAUUUCUUGUGUUCGCCUGUUGUCUGUUUCCGAUGGGAGAAGGUGCUAUAGAACUGCAGAACAGCUGUUCCAAAAGGCUGCACGUGUUGGAACUUGAUGUCACGAAUGAUGACAGCGUAAAAAAGGCUCUGAUGUAUGUCAAGGAAAACUUAAAUACUUCUGAUCUGUGGGCUAUUGUAAAUAAUGCCGGCAUUUAUAAAGGUAGCGAUGCUGAGUUGGCUUCCAUGAAAGAUUAUGAAGAUACCAUGGCAGUGAAUGUGCUUGGGAUGGUGAGAGUUACAAAAGCGUUCUUGCCCUUGUUGAGACAAUCCAGAGGCAGAGUUGUGAAUUUAACUAGCUUGGCAUGUCAAUUAGUUGGCAAACAUUUAACUCCCUAUAUAAUGAGCAAGCACGCUGCACAAGCAUUUACUGAAUGCCUGGCCCUAGAAAUGGAAAUUUGGCAAAUAAAAGUGAUUUCUGUUCAACCAGAAUUUUUUAGAACUGGUUUGACCAACAAUGAAAUGGCUGGACGGCAACUACAACUGACAUUCCAAAAUUUGCAAUCAGUUGUUAAGAAUGCAUACGGCAGUGAUUAUUUAGAUGAUCUAAGGUAUCUUGUGGAAUCUGUCUUCAGAGAUUCAUCACCAAAAAUAGACAUCGUAAUAGAUGAUUUAGAAUCAGCCGUAAGUCUGAAGGAUCCGGACAGUAUAUAUGUAUGCAAUUCUAACUUUAUUCAUGCAAUAAGUUUUUAUGUAUAUAUACGUUUACCGAGAUCAUUUCAAAGUUUCCUUCAAGAAAUGUAUAUAGCAUUAUUCUAUAAGCGGUUUAGGCAGCCUAAAAGCUCUAACAACAAUAUCUCUAAUUCUCGUUAAGCAUUUUUGGAAUCCGCUUUUCUAUAACCUGGCUGAAUGUGCAUAUAAUACUUAAUAUUAAGAUUAAAAUUAUAUAUAUCACUAAUUUGGUGCAACAAGAGAAAAUAUUAUUUGUAGACUGAAUAUAAAAUAUUAAAUAUGUAAUAAAAGUAUAUAACUGAUUGAGAACAACAUUCAAGGCAUUUUUUCUUCUUCGAGUAAAGAGCUUCUUAAUGCAUUUUUAAAAACAUAUUCAGUUAUAGCGUGCCUUUAAAAAAUGUUAGAUUGUUUCAAACGUUUUACUGGAGAUAUGAAAUUUAUAUUUGUAAAGAUAUUUCGAUUAGAAGGAAAUAAAAGGCUGUAAAAGAUUUCUAGGACUUUGUUGUAAAAUAUUUUGAUCUGAUAUAAUAAACCAUUAAACUACAAUACACGGAAUCUGGAGAAAUGUUUUUCCGAUCAAAUAAUUUCUUUAGCCCAGAGACAAUUUCAUACAUUUUAAAAGCAAACAAAACAUUUUCUACGAGAAUGUUAGAUCUACGUUUUGCUUUUGACAUUCAAAUAAACUGA